GGAGACUUCCGGUGGUAGAUGUAGGUGAUCAGCUCCCGGAGCCACGUCGUCGAAGCACACAAACAUCUCAGUCAGAUAAAGAAUCAAUGAGUCUGGCAGACUAGACUAAUAUGAUAUUAUUAUGUUCAACUGAACAACCCCUCUGGCCCUGCACACUCUCUACUACAAGGGGAUGGCUCGGGGUGUGGCAGGUUAACCAAUGUGGGUGCAUUUUAACAAUUGGCUAACAAGCGGAGUGGCGAAACUCCUUUGUAUAUCGUUUCCGUGAAUGUUCUGCAAAUGCAGUAUUAUUGUGAAACCUGCCACCGGAAGUUAUGAAUGUUAGUGUGAUUGGGUGGCUUGAUGCCGCUCUCCCAGCCAGAGUAACCGUAGCGGUCUCCUCCCUCCGCUCACUCGGUUUGUUGACGUUUGCUGGAGUACAGCAGCAGCUAACGCUAGUAACGGGGCUCCAGGCGUGUCGUGUGAAUCAAUGAAGCCAACUAGUUAGUUAAGUCGGCUUCAAUGGGGUUUCCAGUUGAAAGAUGAUCGCGUCACUUUCCAGAGGAAGCUUGCUGGAUGAGGUUCUCCACGGAGGCUUCAAUGAGCAGCAGCUGGCAGCCUAUGUUUCUUGGGUGAACUCUCAGCUGAAGAGGAAACCGGGCCUGAAGCUCAUCACAAAUCUCAGGCAUGAUCUGCAGGAUGGGGUGGUGCUCAUGCAACUCAUAGAGAUAGUUGCAGGAGAAACGCUGGAAGGGGUCUAUGUUGCUCCACAGAACAAAGAGGAGAGCAGGAAGAAUGUGGCACAAGUCUUGCAAUUCAUUUCCUCCAGACACAUACACAUGCCACACAUAUCUGCAAGAGACAUUGUCGAUGGUAAUCUGAAAUCUGUAAUGAGGAUAAUUCUGGCGUUGGCCGCCCACUUCAAACCCUCAGCCAAUCACAGGGCUGGAAGUGGGAGGAGUUUGACAAGAGGCUCUGUCACCCACAACCCGCUCUCCACUGUUGCACUAGCACAAGGUGCCGCUGCUGCACUGGCAUCCGCGCAACUUGAUGCCUCGCAGCCUACACGCACCACCCGUCUCCAGAGUGGUGUUCGUGCACUGGUUAAGCAGUAUGAAAGAGGAACUCCGGAUGAGUCGGACAAUCCCCAGCCUAGCAGCCUCGUCAGUCCACUGUCAUCUCCGAGAGCUCCACCCAGCAGCAACUCGGACAGACCGCCGGAAGACCACCAACAACAGGAGAGCAGUGUGGAGUCAUCUCACGAUGUAGCGGAGACGGCGUUGGAUGUUUCCCUCAGUGAAACUUUGGAGAAGGAGGUGCAGGAGACACGUAAAAUGGUGUCUACUUUACAGGCUCUGCUGCUGCAUGGUUCGCUGCCUGAGGAUGAACAGGAUGUGUCUUUAAAUUUGGACCAAGGCAAUGCUGAACAACAACUGGUCGUCAUUCACAGUCGUUUGGAUCAGAGCAUGGAGGAGGCUCGGGAGCUAAAGAGGGAAUUGUUGCGCUGUAAGCAGGAAAUGAGGAACUUGCAGGGAGUCAAGGACGCCCAGCAGCAGAGACUGUGCACUCAGGAGGCCUCGAUACUGCAGAUGAAGCAAGAGCUCCUCAGAGCCAGUAUGAUGAAGGAUGAGCUCAACAACCAGAAUGCUGAGCUACAGUGGAAGCUGGAGGAAUGUAACAAGAUGUGGGGGGAAUGCAAGAAGGAGAUGGGACAGAAGGACAGACUGCUGCAGCAACUCAAACACAAGCUUGAAAGUGAAUUGCAAAGAGAGCUGGAGCAUAAAAACAGCUUGCAGAUUCCCACCAGCACAGAAAACAAUGGGCAUUCUUGCUCUGGAAAUCCAGCUCCGUCUAUGUCAGACCAGGCAGAGGAGGUUCAGCUGCUCAGAGAUUCACUUCGGAGUCUGAGGAACAACUUCAGAGACCACGACCCACAGCACCAUACGCUGGACACCCUGGAGCAGGGCAUAGUAUCGCUCAUCGACAGACUGCAUGUUCUGCAUACGCACAGGGGAAGGGGGAAAUCUCCAAGACGCAAAGGCCAACACACAGACUCUGACACCUGGCCUUGCACAAAGGUUUGUCAAUCCCACAAUGGUUCUUCUGCCUCCACUAAAAUCCUUUAUUUUAUUGGGAAAUCCCCAACACCUUCCAUGAUCAACAUACCGAAGAGGUUGGGUGAGAUUAUGCUAAAGGAUGUGAAGGCAGCCGUGGAUCGAGAAGGAAACUAUCGGUACCACUUCAAAGCCCUGGAUCCGGAGUUUGGCACUGUGAAAGAAGAGGUAUUCCUGGAUGGAGCAAUCAUUCCAGGCUGGGAAGGGAAAAUAGUGGCCUGGGUAGAGGAGGACCGUGGUGAAGAAAGGCCAUUGUAGGUGCAAGCUGAAGGGCAUGACACUUUGUUUUUGCGCCUGGUCACUCUGAUCCGAGAGACACCUAGACAGCUGUUCGAUAGAGACACAAGGGGACACUUUUGAGUUUUAAAUUAUUAGCGAAACACUGUAAGACUUGUCAGCAGGUGAUUUGGCUUGAUCAGCUGGUACUAAACCACACUUAUUGCCCAACCCGCUCUGGAGACUCUGUGUCUAGAAUACCGUGAAGCUCAGUGCCUUACAAAGUACAGCUAUUUCCAUCAUGUGCUUGUUAUUGCCAGGCCGUUACUGUAUUAUCAAAACUGGACAGAAACAUUAUUUUUGCUUUCUAAAGCCACAGUUGUGCUUGUGUUUCCCCUCUAGUUAAAACCAGAGGUUUGUACUCUAUUUAAGAAUUGGAAAAAACUUGUAAUUCCUUGUUCAGCAAUGAAGUCUAUGAAACAAAUGUUGCCAGAUUACCUGGUUAAACAUAUGUAUUGACCAUUGUUAUUUAGUUAAGGUACAUUUCAGUUAACUGUGAAUAUCAAUUUAAUAUACAGUAUUAUCUAAGAAUUUAGAAAAAGAAAUUCUGUGUGAGAAAAAAAUACAAUUUUGACAUGAAAAAUGUUUUUAAAAAAAUGAAAGUCUGACAAACUUUGUACAACUUCAUUUUGUUUUGGUGCUGCACACGGUUGAUUACAUACAGUAUAAAAGAUAACACAAUAAAUGGACGGUGACGGUCAUCUGGAGAUUGAUAUUUAGCAAAAAAUAAAAUGAACAAAUACUUCCGUUUUACUAAAUAGGACCCAAAUCCAGAUGUGGGUUUAAAUGUCAUUUUGUAGCUCACUGGCAUGCAUGACAACAGAAAUGCUCAAACUGAACUGCUGUCAGUGAAUUUAAUUAAUGCUGGAAUGUUGAUGUUCAUGUAGAAAUGCAGAUGAACAGCACUGUUGUUUUGUUUACUUUCUGAAAUUGUUUUGUACAUUUGUGUAAAAUAAUUUUCACUUUGUCCUUAAUUUUAAUGUUAACGUUUCUUAUUUGUUUAAAGAGAGAUUUGUGUGAGAUUAGAAUAUGCUUCUAGAUGCUCCAAAAGAUGCCGUAGUUGUGAUUUUGACAUCAGCCAUUUAAAGGAGACUUUUUUCCUGGAACAUUGGACACCAUUCCACUAUUUAGUGUGUGUGUGUGUGUGUGUGUGUGUGUGUGUGUGUGUGUG